AACAACGACACGCGAGACAAGUUAUGUUUGGUCCAAUAUUCAGCAGGAAGAUGACCUUUUAACUUCAAAAAUUUAUCUAUUUCGCGUUGAAUUUUCCACAGCAUGCAGAGUACUCAUAAAUGAUAAGGAAUCUAUUGAUAUUUGAGCCUUGAAACGAAGGAGAGUGGACCUAAAAUUCCUGCAUUUUGGCGAAUGAGAACAAUGCCAAUAGCACAAGACCGUUUAGAACAACUUCAAGUUCUAAAGUUACUUCAGUCUGUCCGACUCGAGGAUGUGGACCAGAUUGAAAAACUAACAACUCACGGGGUUCCCUAUCUGAUCAACUACUCUGGUAAGUGCAGAGAGAUUUCGUUGUCUGUAAUACUUAGUGGCUGUUUCGGAAAUUCGACUCGUACUUGUCAGUCGCCAUAGCAAAUUAUGCAACAUAACAAUUUGAUGAUGAUAAGAAGGCGCGAAAUUUAAUAAACAACACCAUAUAGUUUUAUUGGAAAUUGUUUAGUAACUUCAAGUCAGAAUUAAAUUUCAAAUAUGUUUAAGAGUAGACGCAUUCAAACUUGAGGCCUGCCUGGGUAGCAAUUCCGAUAAGGGCGAAUUUUAAAUUCAUGUGCAUGUUCUUAAAAUACUUUGAAACAUACACAUACAUAUGAAUUUACGUCGCUAACUUUGCAGUGUACAACGCGAUGUUCAUGAGGUUGAAUGUAUAAAGUUAUCACUACUGAUAGACAAUAAAUUGGAUAAGAUUAAAUACGCCCCUCUCGUGUAACCUAUAUUGUAAGAGGCUUGCAAUGUUUUGUAACCCGGGGUUAGGCUGUUGUUUAGUGUUUAGUGGGGUUCUUUUUGGCAAACAUGGAUAUUUGAGGCAUAAGGUUAUGGUUCACUGACGUUUACAUGCCAUAAUGGUAGGUUCAUCAUCAAUGUGCCACUGUGAUAGGGGGAGCCAUAUUAUUCAGAGUCAGUUUUUUUUUUCACCUGUCAGAAAAUAAGAAAACUGACAGCACUCUUUAAUAAUUAUGGAAAUUAAAUCAGUGCAGAGUCUACAUGUAUAUCAUGUGAAAAUUAUAUCAUUUAUAUAAAGUUUUAGUUAUUUCAGUGAAUUUUGACAUCAACCAAACUUACUAUCGUGAGUUAGCUCUUAUUCUCUCACAGCAUGAUUUAGUCAGGUGUUAUAAGGUGGUGAAUAUCAAAGAAUUCUGCAGAUUUUACAGGAAAAAUAGCUCUAGAGGAAGGGGUAUACUCGUAAAGUACACAGUUUUGUUGUGUUACACUAUACUCUUUCUGCUGCCCAAUACUCUAUGAAAUCUGUGCAUCUAUCCAUCAGUUUAACCCUUUAACUUCCAGAUCAAGUUUGUAAUUCUCCUUACUGUCAACCAUACAAUUCUUAUAAUGUUAGUUCAGAGAAUUUAAUAUUGAAUCAAUUAAUUAUCCUCAAAUUAUUCUCAUCACUUGUCUGGUUGAUAUUGUAUUGAUAUUGUAAGGGGAAAUUCUGUCUUGGUCACUCAUGAGUGCUAAAGGGUUAAAUGAAUGACAUAACCAGUGAUGAUAUAAAUAAAGUGGGUUAACGUUUGUGGUGCUGCAUCGCUGGUAAAGUAUAACAGGGUAAUUUAGUAUUAUCAACUGAGUUAAUAACUUAAAUUGGCCUCAGUAAAUAAUUUAAAAGGUGACAUUUUGAGCUCUGACAAAGGGUUAUUGUCCAAAAUGUCAGCUUUUAAACUCUUUACUGUGGCCAAUUUAUGUUAUCAACUCAGUUGAUAAUAAUGUUACCUGGGUAUGGAAUGAUCUGACUUGGAACAAUCUUACAAUAGACCAGAGUGACCAGCUACCUAAUGGCUGGAUGUUCAAUUCAGCUCACUUCCACUAAAAUAAUUUAGUUUUGUUUACUGAGGUGAUAAAUGUUAAUUAAUUGGCUAAUGUAGAGAGAUUCUUAGGCAGAAGUUUUAUAGAAUUUAAGUCCUUUGUCUGAGUGAAUCUGAUACCUCCACAAAACUACACUUAAGUCAAGAAGCUUGCAAUUCAUUAUUGGCUUGGAAUUUUUUUUUUUUGUUGAACCUUGUUUGUUUGUUCAAAUUGUAGAACCUGAAAAUGGAGAGACAGGGCUUCACCUGGCAGCAUGUAAAAACAAUGAGAAGAUGAUUUCAUUUCUUCUUAGUCUGGGUGCAAGCCCCAACAUGGUGGACUUAAAGGGACGUACUCCUGCCAUGAGGGCAGCAGAGUUUGGCCACACACAGGCCUUGACUCUCUUAACAGAGGCAGAUACAGAUUUGACAUGUAAGGAAAAUUUAUGAUUUUUUAUUUACCUAACAGAAUUAGCAUAAUGGCAGUUGACUUUUUUUGUGAUAAGGGUUACACUGCACUCUUUCCAAUGUACCAGUACUUGGUUUUAAGCCCAGUGUAGGUUUUAAGUGUUGUGUUCUAGGCUCUCCCAUUUGUGCCAGUGUUCUCCCUUAUUUAAAGCAUGACAGGUUAAAAUAAAUUUUCAAACUGGUAAAGCAAUCCUUUUACAAGUUGAAUUUUCAAGAAUUCCAAGUGAUUUUAAACUGUAAUAAGAGGUACUACAGGUGGUAAAUGUUAUCUGUUACUGCCUGAAAAGGAGAGCACUGCUGUGCAAAGAGGAAGGACCAUUUAAAAAUUUGUUCAGUAUCCUAUUUUUGAAAAGCAGCAACAGUCAUGAUGGCAAAACCAGGAUUAAUUGGAGGACUCAGAGCAAGAACGAUCCCUUGAUUUUUCGGUCAUUUUUGAAAGUGUUCAGAAGUUGUUGAAUUUUGGCAUGUGGACACUUUCAAAAAUGGCCAAAAAAUCAAGGGAUCGUUCUUGCUCUGAGCCCUCCAAUUAUCAUAAAGUCUUGGCUGCACCUCAUGUGCCACUUUUUUGUUUUUGCCACAUAUUGAUAUCAUUAUUUUGUGAUCUAUUACUGAACAGAUGAAUGGCAACAUGGAAUUUAUUUGUUAAUUUUUGCCCCAGAGUGCAGUGGUACCUACAUGCUUGUACACUUUCAAAGUCUUUUUUUUUUCUUUUAGUGAGGGAUAUUGAAGGUAAAGGAAUCUUGUUUUAUUGUAUCCAGCCAACCAAACGUCAUCUAGAAUGUCUCCAGAUUGCACUGAAACAUGGUGCAAGUGUUAAUUAUGUGGUAAGCAAUUAUGCUACUUGUAUAAAGGAAGUGGCGUGCUUGUGGGUUCUGCAAAGCGCAUGCUGAACUUACAGUACAGACAGUGCAGGCUGAUGUCCCAAUUGUUGAACUAUGAUAGUGAUAAAUAUUUUUUGUCCCUUAUAUAAUCACCCCUGAUGUGGAUUGCAGUACUGACAAUACUGUGACACCAUACCUCUGCUACUUGUCUUCUUUAGGCAAUAAGGUUGGGUGCAUGUUGCAUGAAGCAUUAUUCUUAGUUGUGAUGAGUUAUUAUUCAGUUCUGCUUGGUGCAUUUCAGUAAUGCAAAGUGACAUCAUCACACUUCAGAGCUAUUGUUUUUCACUUCCCUGAAUAACCACAAUUUUUUCCAGAUCGAAAUACAAAUUUUAGUGACAAGUACUAGUCUAGUGUCAAACUUUUCCUUGUCGCCAAGGAUUUCCUUCUCCCUUCCUAACAAACAGCAAUCAGUUUGCUAUCUUUGGAAAGAAACCAUGUAUGUGACAGGCAGUCAAUAUGAAAAUAACAUAAGCAAGAAUAACAGACUGAAAAGAUGAAUACUUAACUGACCACAAAAUCUCUGGUGUACACUUAAAUCUGUGAUGCUGCAUGAAGCAUUAUGCUUUGUAUUAAGCUCUGCUCGGUGCAUUUCAGUGAUGUGAAGUCACUGUAACAGCAUCACACUUCACUAUUAUUGUAUUUCACUACUCUGAAUAACUAUGAUUCUUUUAAAUAAAUUAUCAAGCCUGUCUCCAUACCUGUGACUUUUCAGACUGAAGGGUUGAUUAGUUUUAUUAUCUAAGACCUAUGCCUUAUGUUUUUGCUUGCUAGAGUAAGGAUGGUCAACCUUUAUUGUAUGUGGCUGCAGAGGCUGGUCUGGACAACAUUGUGCAAGCACUUCUUGUUGCUGGGGCAGACCCAAAUGGAGCUCACACAGUAUGUUACUGACUUCAAGUUUUGCAUUUUGCAAGUAUCAAUGUUUAUUGAACUGAUUUAAUAAUUUAAUUUCAACAAGAUAUGUAUGUACAUGUAUGUUCCCGUACAAAUUCAAAUCAAGGUACUUCUUAGUUUUGGAGGGUACUUAUAUCCUUAUGUAUUUUGAAUAUAGGUACACCACUGUGUUCUAUGAACUUAUACAUGUACCUGACUGUAGAUUCAAUUUGUGAAACAACAAAACAUUAAAAUUGGUACUUAAGUUGUUGAGAGGUAAAGUCAGUAUCUGUAAACAUGCAGCUUUUUUGGAAACAUGCAUUUACCGUUUGCAUUGUCCUUUGGAUUAGAAUACUGGCCAGACAGCUCUACAUGCAGCAAGUGCCACUGGAAGUGUGGCAUGUGUGAGAGAAAUAUUGGAGGCUGGAGCAGACUGUGAUGCUUUGGACAGUGAAAACAAUCACUCAGCACACAGGUUAGGCUGAAGCACUCAGUGCACUGUACAAUGGUCACACACUGAGUGAAAUGGAAACAUUUCAAACACCACAUGAAAUUUUCAACAGAUAUUGAAACCUAAUUCUGUAACACACACCUGAAUUUAAAGUUCCUGGCUACUUUUGGGUUGUAUGGAACUGAUUGGUAAAUUUCUCAUGAAUUUGCAGGUCCUUCAAAUAAAGAAAGUACAUACAAAUAAAUUGAUAGUGAGAUCACGUUUUUGAAGCUGUUUACAUAGAAUAAUUAUCUCAAGAAAUAUGAGUGAGUGAAAUGGAAACAUUUCAAACACCACAUGAAAUUUUCAACAGAUAUUGAAACCCAAUUCUGUAACACACACCUGAAUCAAGUUCCUGGCUACUUUUGGGUUGUAUGGAACUGAUUGGUAAAUUUCUCAUGAAUCCAGAGUUGGCAAAUAAUUUGCAGGUCCUUCAAAUAAAGAAAGUACAUACAAAUAAAUUGAUAGUGAGAUCACGUUUUUGAAGCUGUUUACAUAGAAUAAUUAUCUCAAGAAGUAAAUUACAUGUAUGAAAAAAACCCAGGGUAUAUUUCACUUUUUUUGUGAAAAGAAGACUUCUAAAAUCGGAAUAUGACAGCUCACCUGUAAAUGUUGAGAUAAGAGAAUGCUCCUUGCACCUUUCCUCAUAAGAAUAUAUUUCAGCAGAUUUUAAAAAUGGGAAUAAGCUUCCUGCAUGCAAUUUAUUAAAGGAUCCUUAUUUCCAUUAUUUUAUAUGCAGGGCUGCCUUAAAUGGUCACUUUGAAGUCAUAAGAGUGCUGGCAGCUUAUGGUGCAGACUUGGGUAAAGUAGCAUCAGAUGGCAACACUCCUCUUCAUUAUGCAGCUCGACAAGGAUUUGGACCAAUAUGCAAGUUCUUGUCUCAAAGAGGUGAGCAAGAGCAGGGUAUGGUUUUGGUACAAGUGAUGAACAUAGUGACAUGACACUCAAGUAAAAUCUAUGGGAAGAGUAAAUGAGCUUUGUUAAUUACACUUGAAAGGGCACCUAAUUAGUCUUAACUAUGCCAUGUCAUUCUCUAUUUGUAAUAUUUUCUGUAUUGUAUAUUCUCUUUUUCUUGUGGAUAUUUCUUCUAAUGCACUUCUAUACUUCUAGUAGUUCCUAUAAAUCUAUUAUAAUAAAGAUGGAAAGAAAUAAAAAAUAAAAAAGUAGCUAGUCAGUCAAACCCCUUUGAAAACAUUUUAGACUACUUUUUUGAAAAUUGACAAAAUUGUGAGAGAAAAGUCAGGGACAUCCAGGUUGAAUGGUUGUUGGUACAAUUAGGUUAAGGCCAUUGGAAAAAUGUUAGGUUUGUUUCAUUCAAAUUCAAGUUUUACAGUUGGGUACAUGUCCUGAAGAACUGUGAUUUUCUUGUCUUCCCAUAAAAGUUAUUAAUUAUUGAAGACUGAUGUUCAUUUUAAAUCAUAAUAAACAUUUUCUUACAUUUCCAAUAAGAGUAAACCAGGCUACAUUCACUAUUUGUACAGAAGUUCAAGAUCCUUACAUUUAUUUAAAAUGUCACAUUACAGACAUCAAAAAGGCAUGAAACAUAGAAACAUAGAAAUUCUCUGAUUGACAUGCAUCUUACACAGGUUGUCCAUCAAUGUUAAAGAACAAGGAAGGGAAGACACCAAGAUUGCUGGCAAAGGAUAAUGAGCACAAAGAUGCUUUGAAGGAAUGUCGUAAAGCUGAAAAACAGUCAGCAAAGCUGUCUAAGGGAGGAAGUAGAACUUCUGAACCAUAUGCCAUCAGAGUAUGUUUAUAGUCACUAAUACUUUUGCUUGUCUACCUUAGAAAAAUGGGACAAUAAUUGAGCAUGAAAUGCUGUCAAACUUUUAACUUUUGCCUACUAAUUUUUUAAAAUGUCCUUAGUUUUUGUCCAACCCCAGCAAUUAAUGAUGUUUGAAACAAAAGUGAUGUUGUAGUUUUCUUGCUGCUCAAAAAGGUUGAAACAGAACAAGUGUCAUGCUUUUCUUGAAAUUUAUCCCAAAAUGGUAAAUGUUUUCCUUCAAAUUUCAUUUUGCUCAUUAGUGCAUUUAAAGUGAGCUUAAUGUAAACAUGCAGUUGCCAAAAACCAGCCUUGUUUAAUGUUAUACAAGCAUUCUUUCAAGUAGACUGGAAAUCUUGGCUAGGUUUUUUUGUAAGCUUAAUUUUUUACUACUGAAAUUUUGUGAAAGUGUGAUGAGAUGUUUAGGAAGAAAGGAUGUAUAGGAUGUAAAAGAGAAAAUAACAAUUAUAAGUUUUUCACAACAGUAUAUCAUUCUAAUUAGUUAUUGGCUGAAAUUCAGUACUCAGAUCAAUUUUCUGCACUUGUCUUCAACAGCUUUAUGACUGGAUCCAAGAACACGAAGAAAAAGUCUUGAACAUUUGUUAUCAGUUUGAUCCAGAGGAAGAGGAUGGAAGUAGAAAAGGAAAAAUUACCAAGGAUAACUUUGUAAUGUGUCUGCAGACAAUAAGUAAGUUUAGGAAUGUGCUUUAACAUGUACAAUGUAUCCUUAAUCUUAGAAAUUGUAAGAAUUGUACAUGUAGGAAUCCUUGCAAUAUUGGUCCAAUGUUGUACAUUGAGAUGAAUUUGAAGUCUAGAUAUAUUAAACCAUAAAAGAGAAGAAAAUGAUCUCAGUAUUUUGCUACAAGAACAAGUAUCAUGUUGCAUAGAAAUUUCCCAGAUUUUCAUAAUAAUUUCAGUACUGUAACAGAUAUUUUAAAUUGAUAUGUGUGAAUAAAAAUUGUACUCUCUCUUUGGUCCACAGAUUGCCCAGUAGAUGUAGAAGAUUUGAAUAAAUUAGCACAGAUGCAUGACCCAAACAAAGAAGAUGCUGUAGAUUAUCCACUGUUUAUCACUUGUAAAAAAUUUAUUAGUAAGGUAUGGAACAACCUACCUUGUCAUAUCAUUUUCCAGUUUUACAGAGUUACUGUUCCUUUCCCUUUUGAGUUUUGCAAUGUUUAUUUCUUUACUAACACUUUUGCUGGUACAUGACUGACACUUAAAACAAAAAAUUGCAUUGCAUAUUGAUUUCCACUAGAAGGAAAUUUUUCAUCAGAAAUGUCCUAUAUCUCCUUAAGUCUAUCAUUAGAGAUGGUUUGGCUUUGUUAACAAUACGUUUGGACUGAUGUGGCCGAUGCAAGUCAGGCUCCGUAUAUGUAAAACGUGGAAAGUCCUGGAAUUUUAUUUUGACAUUUUCCAGGACUGGCAAGUCCUGGAAAAGACUAUAGUUCCUAGAAAGUCCUGAAAAUCUGCUUAACUCAAGCAGUAAAGUUUUCAGAAUUUACGUCAUUAGAAAUGUAUGUAGAUCCUAAGGAGAAUUGAUUUUGAAAUCACGGGAAUGAAAGGUUUAAGGUGAAAUUUGGAGUCUGAAAGGAAAAUUAAUCUGAGUCCUGCAAAAGUCCUUGAAUGUUUUUCUGAAAAAGGGUAUGAAUCCCAGUAAAUGUGUUGUAGGCUCUUAGGGAAGGAGGGGUGAAGGUUGCCUGCACCUUUGCUUAACAGAGCAAUAGCUUGCUACAGACUUGGCUGAUGUUUUCACAGCUUGCCAUCAUAAACAAACGGGUCUCGCCAGGGGUUUUGGGUAUCCUGGUAUCUGGGGUCAGUUAGUCAAGUUUUAUAUCACCAGACAAUUUUUUAUCAAGUUUUGUUAUUUUUGAGAGACACAAGUCACAUGUUUUGGCAGUUUUAGGUAUAUAAUAUCAAAGUUUUUGAUUUUAAGGGAGCUUGGUUUCUCAUGGGAAAAAAAUGGGUGUAUCCUUUCUCUGGUAUUCAACUACUUCCCCCCUUCCCCUUUUUAGCUUGGCCUAUUGAACUAUUUUUCCUGAACUAUUUUCAGUAAGCUUCCAAUACAUGCUUGAAGGUUACAUUGCGGUGAAGAUAACAGUAUUAGGCUAGCAAAGUAACAUGUUAUGAACAUACUGUACAUCUGAGUAAAGUUAAUGAAACACAAAACUAACUGACCUCUUUCUCUUCUUAUGCAGCAAUUCAUGGUUGUCCUCGGAAAGGUAAUGUCAUCAUUAAUUGAAAUAAUUUUUUUCUCACUGGGAUUUGAUUUUUAUAGCGGAUAUGGACUUAGUAUUCCACAGCAAACUCGUGCAUCCAACCUUCCUUAGACUGAAAAUAAUGAAAAGUAUAUAUUUUUUUUGAAUGCUACAUGUCAGUAUUUAUUUUGACUUCAUUCACUUUACACAGAAAAAAAAGAAAAAAGGUGGAAAGAAAGGAAAGAAGAAGAAGGUAAUUUUAAAGUAAAAGUAUAAAAGUAUUACAAUGCAUAAUACUUGUAAUUCUAAUCAUACUUAGGAACAGUUCAAUCCGAUGGUUGUCGUAGACAUCUGCCAUACUUCAUGACGAUACCCAGGUCAUCUCUCUUUCAACAUCAUAUAUGAAAUUUGUUUAGUUAUUCGGAGGUCGAGUAACGUUAAGGAUUGAUAUCACGCGCGUUUUCAGAAGUUGCAGAAAUUUUCCGAGUCGCGCAGCGACGAAGGAAAUUCACGCAACUUGUGGAAAAAAGCGGUAUUAAUCCGUAAUUUUACGAGGAAACAUGCGAUUACUUGUUUCUGAUGUAAAGGGUAAAAUUUUCUUCUUUUAAGAAAGUCACUAUUAAUAAGGUUCAAAACGCACGCUUAUUCGCAAUUUCUGAGGAAGCCAUUUCAGUGUUGUGUUAGUGUCAAUGAACUGUAAAACUCACGCCGGAAUCAGUACUAAAGCAAUGAACCAGCCCUGCUGAAGAACGUUCGUCUUCACUGAAAUUCGGUAAAGUUAAGAGUUUUUUAAUGUUUUCCAUUUCAGAUAUUUUUUUCCCAGGGCAAUUACCCAGAUUAAGGAAAAAUGCCCUCUGUCUCAGCCAAUAAGCAUUCAGUAAUUUUGUCCUCCAUGUUGUGAACCUUAUUAUCGCCAUUUUAACAGGCAGAAACAUGUCUUUAAAAAGUUUCUUCGAGAAUCUGGAAUUUAUUUUAAUCAUAAAGUUAUCACGAACCUACAGAAGUAUUAUACAUCUGGUAGAGGCUUUUAAAUUCCCUGGCUAAUCCAAAACUAAUUUACCGUCUGUUCUCAGGGAAAAACAAAAAUACCCAUCCCGAUUUGUACAGCACCUGAUGGCCCCCGGACAAAACAUGGUGGCCCCCCCUCAGACUAUGUAGAGAGAUAUGUGGUAAGUAUUUGCAACAAAAAUGUACUUUAAAGCUUUUAUAUACCGAAUUUCCCGAUUGAAGGCGCGGCGUUUAUUAGAAUUUUAACGUUUUUGAUACGGCGUUUUUUCAGAGGCGUCUUCAUCUUUCUUAAAUCACAAAUAGAAAAAGUACCGUAAAUAAUUUGUCAAACAAAAGAAACAUGUUCGAACUUCUGAUGUGUCAUUUUUUCCUUAAAUAGAAUCGAAUUUUUUUGACCUGUGAUAAUAGUAUGUACACCAAGGAUGGUAUACAUAACCAUUGGAUUUUUUUUAGACAUCUUCUCGAACGCUUCUGCGUCAAAUUUUUAAUUUUUCAGCACUUCACAGACAACACAAGAUUUGAUCGUGAUAAUCCGCCAUCGCAUCCUAUUCAAGAUGAUUCUGCCUGGUACCUUAACUUCCCAGGUUAGUACGGACUAGGUAUGACGAUUGAAAAGCGGAGUACUGUCUUUUUUUUUCGGGAGACAAUCGCAGUGAGUGCGUAUGUUUUUGUUUUGUUUUUAUAAUGACAGAGUGCCUUGACAAGCAACCAACAGACGUAAAAACUUUUGUUCAUGUAUGUUCUCUUUGUUCCUGAUCGAACAAUAAACCAGCGAAAACUCUUUUCGGACACCCUGAGUGAGAGGGGAAACGAACGAAAGAACUAACGUUGGAAACGCCUCGUGAUUCUCUCAUUAUUGAAAGAUGUCACGGUUCUGGCAAUUUUUUUCAAGCGUUUAUCGGGAAAAAAGUCAAUACUACAAUUCACAAUUACGUGCAGGAAAUUUGAUUCACCGUCCAACGAGAAUAUCAUUCAGUCACAAACUCUUUCAAAAUCCUCAUUUAAUAAGAGGGGUCUUGAUCAGUAACAUAAAAAAAUGCAAUAAUUUGUUAAUUACGAAUUAAGAUAUAGCAGUAAUCAAGUUUAGAAUGUUUCUGUUUUCAUGGAAAAUCGCUGAACCACCUCACUUUACUUUGAGUUCUUCAUCGUGUCGAUGUCUUGUGGUAUUUUUCUCGGAUUGGCAGUUUUGAUUACAAUGGCUGUGAGUUUGCGACAAUCAAUCCAAAUGCGUUUUUGGUGCGUUUCGUUAAGUAGUAUAUGUUUCCUUUUCUGUUCACCUACAUGUUUUAGAUGUUACUUACAUGAACAUUAGCGAUGCUGCUAAAGUAGGAGACUUAGAGACGUUAAAAUCAGCUUUUGCCCGAGGAGUCUCAGUAGACCAACGUGACAAAUACUACAAGACUCCGCUGAUGGCAGCUUGUGCACAUGGAAACAUCGAAGUAGCGGCAUACUUAUUACAGACUGGGUGAGUUAACUGAAGUGGUGUACACUGUAAUUUGGUUUUAAGUGUGUAUCAAUAUGCGUAGAUCUGACCGAAUGAACAAGUCUAGCCCUAGAGAAAACUAGGUAUUAAGAAGAAUAUUUGAGCCAAAUUAGUCAAUUUGGAAAUUUCAUAUACCAUUUUGAUGAAAGUUUUUUUUCUCAUAUCACAAGCGACAGACUCACAAGCAGCAUCUGUACUCUGCUUCCCAUUAAGUCGGAUCGCGUCGCUCUGCGCCUCUGAUAUCGUCUUUGCCUUCGACUCCAAAGAUAGCGAAAACCAGCCGUACUAGAACGAUCUCUAACAACGCAGUAUUUUGUUGUUAUAUAUUAUCAAUUUACAGUGCACCUAUCCAAACCCUUUGUUUUGUUUUCCAGGGCAGACAUCAAUGCACGAGAUAAUUUCAAAUGGACUCCUUUGCACCAUGCCUGCCACUCAGGGCAAGUUGACCUGGUGCAGUUUCUGCUAGAAAACGGAGCAGAAAUGGACGCGCAGACCAUCAAUGGCGGGACACCUUUAAUGAGGGCUAUUGAGAGUUCCAGAGAGGCUGUCGUGGAACUGCUAAUUUCUAAAGGGUUUGUAUAGUGGCUUUGCUUUAGACAUCAAAAUUGAAAUUUUGUGAAAAGGUUGUUAGCUUGGUCACACAGCCCCACAGUGGUUGAAGCCGCUUGAAACACGGGGAAAAAAGAUUUCGAAUGUUUUAUUUGUCGAGUGCUUCAUUUGCUAGAUUAUCGCCAACACCAAAACGUUUGGGUUCCUCACGCCCGCAUUCAAGUAAAACUUGCCAGCAAUUAAGAUUUUUUUACAAAAACCAAUGAAUUUCUGAAGACCCAGUGACCUUUAUGAUCAAUUCAAAUCGUUGGCUCGAUUACCAGCCGCUGUUCAAGCAAUAAGCUGGCGCUCAGCCUCUUCUUCCUUUUCGGGAGUAGCGAGGACUGGACACGAGAAAACGGAAGAAAUCUCAGUGACGCUGAAAAAUGUUGGGUUAUGAUUCCUUAUCCUACAAGGUUCUAUUUUCGUUUGUUCUUCAGAGCAAAAGUUCAGCUGGAAAAUAAGAAGGGACAUACAGCGCUGGAUGUCGCCAAAGCCUACGCAGAUCCUCGUGUUGUAGCUAUAGUACAGAAACGAUGGGACGAAAUUCCGCCACCCGUGGAUAAGAAGAAACGUAUGUAUUGUAUCAGUAAAGCUGUACGUUAACCCUCUAGCUCCUAGAAGUAGUUAACAUGUAACUCCUCCUUAAAGUAUCCACACAUUAUUUAGCAAAUAGGCAAUGAGAAUAUUCAAACUUAUUAGGUAGGAGUUGUCAUCUUGAUCUGACCCCAGAUUCCUAUAACUGACAUACAAAGAAGUGUGUAAAGGCUAAAGGGGAGAUUUGACAAUCAGAUCUUGGGAGUUAAACAGUCAAAAGAGUAUCAAUAGCCUAAAACUAGCGAUUUGGAUAGUUGCGUUCAAGUUUUGUUUCCUAAGCUCCAGUGGUUUGUUCAGUUAGUUAAAGUACUUGUAAUUGCUUUCAACGAGAGGUUCCUUGCAAUUUUUCUUCUGGUUUAUUGAGCAAGAGGAAAGUUUAUUUCUUCCGUUUGCUGGUGCCGUUGGCUUAAACGUCAGUCUUAAAUUCACUAAUUUGAUUUCGGGGGUACUUUGCCGAAUUUUAACUGAGCUGUGGCCAGGACUGAUCGCUGAUGAGUUUCAUUUUCUAUGUAAUUAACAUCUUAAAGUGUCCUCGUCAAUAGGAUUUUACUGAAACCCUCGUAAUUAUGUCAGAUAUGAAUGAAUUGAAAACCUAGUAGGUACAUUCAUUGCAUUUAAACCUGGUCAUAAGUGCGACUAAUCCUCACGAAUGUAAUAAACAGUACAACAACAACCACAACAACAAUAGAAACAGCAACAACAACAACAGCAGCAGCACAGUGUUCGCAACUUUUGAGGUUUGCUAAGAGUUACAAUAACAAGGUCUUGUCUAUAUCUUUCCUGGUGGGCACGUGAACUAAUACAACAACUCGUUUUAACCUGUCUUUGGAUUUCAUGCAAUUCCUUCUUGCUAGUCCGUUUCCACUAAGCCUUUUUGUUACUUUAACCUAACAGAAAUUCAUUAUUCUUUUUCUGAUUUUCUUUGCACCACUUAACUCUUUCUUGCGUCCAUGAUGAAAAAUAUUUAACGUUUCAAUUUGUAUCUUUUCUAUCUUUCAAGGCUUUCCUAUCUUCUCUCUGUGUGACCUUAAACUCUCUCGAAAGACUUUUUCUACGGGUGGCUCGGAUGAGGAUUUCAGCCGUGCUCCGAGUCCCGCCUCUUCUAUCUCUAUGUACCUUUGUCAUCGAGGUCUUUCUUUAAGUUCUAAGAGGGCCUUUUGGGACGAGCAUCUUCAUGGAAGAGACAGUGUUGAUAGCGGUGUAUAUGCAACAUUAUAGGAUAAAUGCAUGUGCUCCGUGUUAUGUUAAUUGAUCAAUGCCUUUCGGUAUUUCCUAAUUUUUGCCUGAAUGCAUCUUCUUAUGUUGCGCGACAUUAUUUUUUAAACAUGAUGAGUAUGAGAACAUGAAAGCGCUGUGAGCCCAGCACUGCAUUUUCAUAAACUAUUAUUCAAUGUUGUCAUAUGUGUGCUGUUUCAUCCGCUUUGUUUUGUCGUCACAAAAGUUCGCUGCUUCGCUGUCCUUUCCUUCAUCUCUCUCAAACUCUUGAAUGCAAGACAAAAUACAAUUUUGUUUCGCCAUUUGGGUAUCACACCUCUCUCAAAGUUCUUUAAAAAAUCACAAACUUUCAAUCCUUGAAACGAUCUCCAACAAGGCGGCUUCCAAAUCGCUCACGAAGACGACUAGCCAAUGUGGAUGAAGCGCACUGAGCCUACCUAGACGUACCUGUGACGCAUGUCCAUGUCUCUCUUCAUCAGGAAAAUUUGCAUCCCGACCCAAGUCUAACGCGCAAUCUAGUGACGCAGAGGGGCUUGGUAACGACGGAAACGAUGGCAACGAAGGACCUGGGGACGACGAUGACGAUGGUGGUGAUGAUGGGUAGGAGUGGGAACAAAAUGCCAUUUAGGCACUUUGCGCAAACUCAUACCAAAUGAAGUCUAAUUCGUUGGAAGACUAAUUCAAGGGAACUGCGUGUCGUGAAUCUUUAAAUAGUAGUUUAUUUCAGACGACAAUAUCAAUGUGUGGAGUUGGAGAAACUUUCUGUAGGAAAAUAUGCAAGGAAUAUCCUUUGAUUGGUAGAAAGUCAUGUCAAACAUCGAUUACCGUAUAUGCACGGUUAGUGUAAUUGCGAUGGAAUAAAUGUGGAUACGACUUGUAUUUUAACAAAGUAGCAUGAUAUUUUUCCAAAUUCAAGUAAUAUAUUGUGAUAUGUGAAUAACUAUGCACAACUGAAUAAAAUUUCACUGAAUUUUGGUUACGUCUUGCCUCUCUGCGUUUUUUAUGUUAUGUAAUCAAGUUAUUUGCUUUAUCGUUUUAGUUUCUAAGCUUAGUUUUUCGAAUUGAAGUUUAGUCUAAAGGGAGGAUAUGUUGAUAAUUAACGUAACUGGCGAACGAAGGACAUUUGCAUAAUCUGUUGGUGUAGCUGAUAGGUUAUUGAAUCGCGGUGUCAUUCUUUGGAUGGUAUAUUCUAGAAUAAAGCUCAUGCGGGUUAUAGUACUAUUCCCUAUUUUCAUCUACCUAAUUACACCUAAUCAUGUUCUCCAUCUGUUCUGGCAUCCCAGUGAUUACACCUCCUUGUGUCCUCGACACUCGUUGGAACGUUGGAAUGCUGUAGUCCAGCUAAAAGGCGAGCUCUGUAUGCAGAGAAAUUUCUGUCACAUCCGGUGCCUAAUCUACGGACGACACGUUAGAAGAUUUACGUAAACUAUUAUUCAAGCAAGGAAGGAUUACUUUAGGGAACUUAUCUCAUGCAAUAACAAGCUGAGAAACAUUUAUUUUAAGCUUUUUCUGAGGGUAGUUAUCAAAGAGAACUUGAUUUCAUCGGCAUCAAAAGUGACCUUUAAUGUAGUAGGAACGAAAGAUAAAAGUGGUACCGUCACGAGACGCAGCCAAGUUUGUUACUGAUAUUUCCAAAUUUUGACGUCUCCUGUGAUCUAUUACUAAAUAAAUGCACAUAGGGGCUCCUGAUGCACGGCAACAUGGAAUCUGUUUGUUUUAAUAUUUAAAACAAAGAAAAAAUGUUGUUAACAGUGACUUCAUCAAUGUGUCUGUCGUUAGGAAGAUCAGAGGUGAAAACCAAUUAAAAAUGCAUAUGUAACUCAGCUUAUUAUAUAAUUUGUAAUACAGGCGGAGGAAGCCCGCGCAAGAAAGGCGCCAAGUCAGCGGCCCCUUCAAAGACACACAUGCCCAGUGUGAAGAACACCCCGGACAAAAAACAAGAAGAGGUAAGACGAGCUUGCCUUCAAUGGGAAUUACAGCAAGAGAGACAUCUUGGUAUCUUUCAGAGAGUAACCUCUCAUUUUUUCUUUUUACUCUCUGCAGCCUCCAUCUACAGCACCAGCGACUGGCGCGUCUUUAGUACGGAAAUCGUCAGUGUUGCGAGCAGCCUCAGCUCUAGGAAUCAUCAACGAGAAACCUCAGCCAAUCGUGUACACUCCUCGGAGAGCAUGGAUAACGCAGCCAACCACAGUAAGUAAAACAUGGGGAUUUUUGGUCAUAGUUUUGUGCAAAUCAACCGAAAACUGAGAGGACGAAAAAAGACGAACGUACAGAAAAAUAACUUCAAUAGAGGUGUUCCCAUACUGAAUAAACAACCCGACCAGCAAAGAUGAUUUUGUUGUAUAUAUAAGUCUUUUCUGUUUAGCUACGGUGUUGAUAUAGGUGGCUUUCAGGUCGUAAAACUCUGCUUUUGAAGAGGGCCAUCUAUUAAUACCGCCCCUUUUCGUUUUUCAUUUUUCAGUUAGUCGUUAAUUUAUUUACUCGUUUGAAUGGAGUUUCUCUUUUGCCAGCUUUCCCAAGAAUGUUUCACUGGUUCUACUUAAAGAAUGUUUCGUUUGAUUGGCUUUAUAGGAUGAUCUUCUACGUGGAAGAGAAGUUCGUCGGAUGCGUUUUACCACAGAUGUCGACUUCGCAGAUUACAAGCCUGCAUUCCAGAAACACAUCACCUUGAAGGCCGAGGCAAUGGAGGCGGAAGAUGACUAAUAAACCCAUGUGAUUUUUCGCUCUUCUUUUAGGUCAGCUCGUUGGAAGUGCUUUGCUCGCAAGUUAUCUAACGUAAGGGCACUAAGAACCCUGUGGUUCUUAACCCUUGACAACACAGCGGUGAAACGUCUGCGUAUGUGCCAAAGUUGUGAUGACUAGUUGGCGCACUUUAAGGGCUGUCAGGACUAAGUUUUCCAGCACGAGUUACAAACAACCACUCAGGCCGGUAACUCACCGUGUUUUGGAAGCGUAUCACUUUUUUGGUAAAAGCCCAAAACAGAAUCAGUGAUAAAUCAACAGGAUGGUUGUAAUUGAAUAAGCUUUGUGUUCGAAAAAUCUCGAAUUUUCCUUUUUUUCCUGCUUUUGUUUCCUUUGAUCCCUUCGCACAUGCCCUUUCCGCAUGCCUUAAGUUUGACCACUGUGUUCUCCUUGACGGUCAUCAAUAAAGAGUCUACGCGAGUUGUCAGUGGUGCGUGACGAACUGCCUGUACCACAAAAUUACAAAAAUUCUAAUUUUUGGCUCAGUUUUGAAUGAAAGAAAAAGAAAAUUCCUUUGAUAAACUUUGUCAGUUGCUGGACAACGUUUAAUUUUUAGACAAUGCACGAGAAAGUAAAUUCAAUGGCUGAAAGAUUUUCUUGAAAUUAUUUUUGUUUCCUGAAAGAAGUAAAACUGGUCAGCUUUCCAUUUCAUUGGUAAGGUUAAUUUUAUAGCCUCAUCUCAUGGCCACAGUUUGUUUAAAACUCGAAACUUUUGGAGUUGUGUAACUUAGAAAAUGAGCCGAAUCGGUGAGGCCGUUUACAAUCUGUCAAUAGGAUAAAAUUUAAGGUUCCACUGAAUGUUCAUAGAAAAUCACGUUAAAUAUGAUUGAUUAUAUGUUUUUUAUUUAAAUUUUUAUAAAAUUUAUACGUAGGCAUCGUUAUUUACUUCGGAAAUUUUCAUGAAAGCAAAUUCAAUUGUCAGUUUUUCAUCGAAGUACCUAGAUAUGAAAGGAUUAUAGAUAUUUAACAAAGUUAAAUACUUUUUAUAUUGAAAAGUAAUGUAAUUUAAUGACUUAGAGUUUAGUUUCCGACAACGUUUUAAGCCGAGGGUUUCCGACUUGAGAGAGUAUUGUCAUGUCUUGUUUUGCUUCAGUUAGAAAAAGAAGAAGCUUAUAAAGGGGAAGGGGGUGAGGUUCUCAGGAACCCCCCCUCCCCCAGCUACGCCCUUGUCUUGAGCUGAUGGCAGAUAGUUCGGUUAAUGUUUUUCAGACCUUGUGAGUGAAAGGGUCAGCAAAACUUGCAUCAUAUACACUCUUUCAAACUAUUCAAAGGUAGCAUGAUUUGAUCACUAUUCUCGUUUUUUAAUCGUUUGUACUUUUUUAUUUUUUUUAUUUGUUGUACUAUUUGUUAUCAGAUUUUAAAAUACAUGAAAUGUUCACGUA